GUGAGGGGCGGGGAUCAACAACUUAACCUGAAUUAUGAUAUUGCACUGCACUGUGCAUAUCUUCAAAUUGCAAAGCAGUUGCGCCUGAUGUUUGUAUCCAGAACUUGAGUUGCUGACAAGACCAGAUCUCACAGCUACAGCAGAUAGCUGCUGGUCAAGUAUGAGAUGCAAGGCAAGGAGUGCAGGACUUGCUAUUGUGGUGUUGAUGCUCGGCGCCGCUGGACUAAUCUACGUACACCUCCAAACAGAGGCCCUUCAUCAGAAAGCACCCCCAAAGUACGUACGAAGCAAUGCGAUACUAAAACAGGACAUGAGUACUAGUGUGGCUGUUUCUAGAUCUAGAGCUGUCAAUUAUGUGACUCACACUACAUAUGUUAAACUGGAAGGGGUGGACUCCUCUGAAAAUGACAUGUUUGCCGCCUAUGGAGCCUCAAUCGAUCAGCUCAAGCGCAUUUGUUCAACUCUAAACGAUUGUAAUGGUUUCAACAGUGAGGGUUGGGUGAAAUCUCGAGUGGACAACAAGCACAGAGUGACGUCCAUUGACCUCUACAUCAAGCACAAGGUGAAACGAGAGGAAGUAAGAGUGAAGACUGAUCGUGAUGCUGGAGUGUUCAAACAUCAUAUGACAGAUUACGACAUCAUGGACAAGAAUCUUAAGAUAUACGUAUAUAGCACUGAAAUUGGAGAAGUCAUGCCAUCUUAUAUGGACUACAAGUACGGAGUGGAGCACUUAUUCAUCAGUCUUUUGGCCAAGAGCAAGUUCAGAACAGAGGAUCCAGAAAAGGCUACGUUUUAUUUCAUCCCAGCCCGGUGCAGUGCGUAUCGCAAGUCUGUGUCGAAUCUGGCUGAAGGGAUCAAUAAAGCUGCGGACACCAUGAAUCAAAUAGUAGAAUAUAUCAAAUUUAAUUAUCCAUAUUGGAACGAGAGCUUGGGAACAGACCAUUUUUAUGUGUGUGCUCAUGAUAUGGGUACAAACCUGGUGAAACGAUCGGAUCCCAACCUUUGGAAGAACAGUAUCGGUCUUGUCAACACGGCUGAUAGCUCAGAGCCUAUGUUUGUACCCCACAAAGACAUAUCACUUCCCCCUCAUCCUGGAAGGGGCUCUAUAGACUGGGCUGUUAUAGGGCAAGGAGGGGUGCCCUUUGAUCCAAAAGUGAGGACCAAGCUGGCAUUUAUGGCAGGUCAUCCUGGAAGAGGCCCAGUAAGACCACAACUCUAUCAGUUGUUUGAGGAUGACACGGACUUCCACCUAGUGAAAGGCUACAUCAGUGACGAGGAUUACAUCCUUGCAUUAAAAUCUACUACGUUCUGCUUGUGCCCACGAGGCAACAAAGCAUGGAGCCCACGUCUCAUGGAUGCUGUCUGGUUUGGUUGUAUUCCGGUGAUAAUUGCUGAUCACUACAUUCUGCCUCUAUCUUCCAUCAUUAACUGGAGCACAGUUGCUGUUACAGUGAAGGAGAGUCAGAUUGCUGAACUAAAACAAAUUCUUGUGUCGGUUACUGAUGAGCAACUCACUCAAAUGCAAGCAGCUAUCAUUUCAGUACAGAAACAUUUAACAUGGAAUGAUCCUCCUCAGCCUUACGAUGCGUUCCAAUCUGUUCUUUUUGAACUAUGGCGUAAACGAAAUGUUAGAAGAAAACAAACUAAUUAAUUUAUCUAGAGUCAUAUUUUUCAUUUUUUCUCGCCACAAUGAUUGUCUGCUGUUCUAUUCAUCAUAAUUGUCACUAAAAUGUGGCAAUAUAAUCAUACCAGCUGUUUUUUUAGGAUCCGAGGUUAUGUUUGGCCUUAGGGUACCUACCUGUAGCUUAGAAAUG